AAUGACUUUCAUUCUUGAUGAACUAAGAGAAAAAUGUUUGCCGGUCAUCAAAGCUAAACAUGUUUGGGAAUACUUGAAUACUCUGUAUGAUAUCGAAGAACUCACACGUUUAAAUAAAGAGAACGAUGAGAACUUGGACAAACUGACUGAUUUUGAGUUACCUAUCGAAAAAUUCGGCCAGUUCCUAAAAAAGGAUUCAUCAACACCGUCUCCCAGAACCGAAACAGAAGCUCUAUCAGAAAAGGAGGAGGAAUCGGCUCCCGAAACUGUUACCAAUACCUCGAAAAACACAAAAAGUAAAAGGAAGGAGGAGACAAGUAAGACAAUUGUGGCAAUUGCCAAAUUUCAGUUGCUAGGCUGGUAA